AUACAUACAUACAAACACACUCCUAUAUAUCUAUGUUUCAUUAUUGAUCUAACAACAAUUAAGAAAGAAUAUUUGUCUUUCUGGUUAACUGCAAGAUAAUUAUAAUUGAAGGCGAUGAAGAAAUCUUCUGUGGAGAAUCAGAAUUCCAACCUACCUUCUGAGGAGAAAUCUUCGAAUAGCUCUCAAAUUGAAACAGUUUCUCAACAAACCAAACAGCUUAGUAUUACUUCUGAUCUUCCUCAAGAAGUAAAUGACGUAAAACAAAAGGACGGAGAAGCAAAAUCCCCAUCACUUCCUUCGCCUCAUCAACCAAAAAAACAGCCUGAGGUCAAAUCAACGUUGGACGAAAAUGUCCCACAGUCGAAAAAUAGCUCUGCCGCCACAGCCACUUCGCAGAAGAUUGAGUUACGGAAAAACUUGAUUACCGAGCAGCCAAAAGAAAAUAAGGAUCCUGGAUCUGAACUCAAUGUGAAUGAGACUAAGAAAGAUAUCCUUCACAGUCCAUCACCAACGGACCAAAAGGAAAAUGAUUAUCUGGUGAUAAAUAUGAUCUCAACAGCGAGUUCAUCACAAGUUAUAAGUGAUGAAAAUACAACGACAAUUACUGUGCAGGCAAGUUCAACAGUUAACCCUGGACAAGGCCAUCAGCGUUUUUAUGAACCGGGCGAAUAUUAUGUCAUCGUGCCCAAAGACGGUAAUACCAAUGGGGGGGCCACGGCCUCCACGGUCCCACUUUUACGUCUGCCCGGGGAUGGUGAACCAAGAACCGUUCACAAACAGGAAGCAAAUUGCAUACAGUGCAGCGCGUUGGUAAAAGAAGAGUUGGUAACAGAAGAGUUUGUUAUAUUGAAUAUCGAGUGUAAAUGUUCAAACACCUCUCUACUCCAUCUGGAUUGCAAGGAUGCAUGGCUUCAACGCAACGGGGAUAAGUGUUCUCGUUGUGAUAAAAAGUUCACAGUUAAGAGUGUGACGCUGGGUUUCUCCUCUCCUCAAACGAAUAGUGAUAAUUCUCAUGCCCCAGCUCCCCAAACCAAUAGUGAUAAUUCUCUUGCCCCAGAACUAGAAGUUACUACAUGGAAAAGGACUUGGUUCUGUUGGCAUGACUGAUGACGUGGAAUUAUUGAGUUAGAUUUUUCCAAUAUCUACGUUUCAAGAUUUUUCCGAAUUUCCAUGAUUGAAGGUUAUGUUUGUCCUUUUUAAUAUUCCACUGCCAAUGCUUAUGAUCUUUGGUAAAAGCUUGGUAUUAUUUCCUAUUGGGUGUACGAUUUGAUAUUUUCAAAACACGUGCUUGAUAAUGAUUUCUUUCUGCGUACUUCAA